CUGCAUCCUGGAACGCACCCGAAUCGACCUGCAUCCUGGAACGCAACCACGGUCUGGCAAUGCCACUUAAGCUAGCCAGCUGUGCCACGAGUAGUCGGAGUCUCGCGUUAUUGUCAGUACAGUACAUUUACAUCACGAUAUGAAAUGUUGAUUUUGAACCUUCUGAUCAACUACGAAUAGGUCAGGCGGCGCUCCACUGUCUGAUUCAUAUCGCUUGAUUUCAGAUGAUAGUUGUCGUUUUUAUCGACUGAUUGUAAUUGUAUGGGGUGUGCAGACUCCGGGUAGGCCGUCAUUGUAAAAAGUAAUAAUUUGUUCUUAUUCAACUGACCUGGCUAGGUUAAAGGUUAAAUUAAAGAAGACGGACGAGAAUCUCCCCUAGAUAUUUAAAGCCCGCCUUUUGAUUCGUGAUUGGGUAGGAUGUAGGGGGAAUAGCGAGUUUUCGAUUGGACAGCUGUCCUGCCCUUCUAGCCCUGCCCAGUUGCAUGGACAGAGAUGGCGGCGAUAGAAGUGGAGCGUCACCGAGGGCGUCUGGCGGCCCUGGCCAUAGCAGUGGUGGUGAUCGCUGUGGGAGUUCCCUUGUGGUGGAAGACCACUGAGACAUACAGGGCAUGGCUACCUGUCACCCAGAUCAACCAGCUAGCUCAGCUGCAGCUACAGUUGAGUGUAGAAGUGGAGGUGGUGUUCUCUAGAGGAACUCUGACUGCUGAACACCAGAAGAAGAUUGAUCCCACACACACACGCCUGGAGGAGCACCCUGUGGACGAGACCACAGUGUUGCGUUACAGGUAUGAGACUAGAUACAGGACAGCUACCAUCAUGGAGGAAGAUGCUCUGAACCAGCCCACUGCAGCAGAGACGGAUCAGUCUCUUCAUCUGCUCAGUGAGAGCCCCUGUGGCUCCGUGGUCAUCUAUGUGGUCCCAGAAUCCUCCACACUGCUACCUGAGGGUGUGAGUGUGUACGUGGGUCAGAGGCGGACGGCGCUGUUGCGUGCGGGGAGGCCAAUGAGAGUGGGCGUCGGCCUGAAGGAGGUGCUAGCCCACCUGGAGACCCAGGUACAACAGGUUCUCAAGGUCAUGUCAUUCAGCCACAGUGACAUCACCGCUGCCCUUAGCGACCGCGUCCGCCUCGACUACAGUAGCAGGGAGGGUCUGGCCGACAGCAUGAGAGCCUUCAAGUCCAGCCCAGGUUAUGAAAUAACCUUCAGCCUGUUGAACCCUGACCCUAAGUCUCACCAUCUGCACUGGGACAUAGAGGCAGCAGUCCAAAGUUAUAUCCAGCCUCUCCUGUCGAAGCUGGCCCCGGUGGCCGACUUCAGUCUGGACUCACAGAUCCUCUACUACGCUGUCCUAGGGGUCAACCCACGUUUUGAUCCCUCACUCAACGCCUACACACUCAACGCUGACAGCCUGUCUCACGUCAUUAACCCCGUAGAGGCCAGGCUGGGCUCCAGCGCUGCGUCAUCCAACCCUGUCCUGAACUUCCUGCUGUACGUUCCAGACGCACGUCACUCCCCCCUCUACAUCACCGACCACCGCAAAUACACUGUUGUCUCCAACGCCUUCAGCUCCCCGCGCUGGGGUGGCAUCAUGGUGUAUAAUGUCAAUGGGACAGAGCUUCCUGUUCACAUCAACAUAGACAUGACCAGAGUGAUGGGAGUCUUCCUAGCACAGCUACGGCUGAUGCUGGGUGUCCAGUCGUCAACCCCUCCUCCUGGCUUCCUGGUUGGCCCGUGUGGCCCAGCGGGAUUGGCUGACUGGGAGUUGGAUCGCCUCCUGUGGAGUCGCAGUGUAGAGAACGUUGCCACAGCAACGACAACCAUCACCUCAUUGGCCCAGCUGCUGGACCAGAUAGGAAACAUCGUCAUCAACGACAACAUCGCAGAACAGGUGUCAGCAGCAGUUGCCUCUCUCCAGUUGGCUGUGGGUCAGUUGGAGGCGGGGAACCUGGGCCUGGCCCUGCAGUACAGUAAGGAAGCUAUCCUCCAUUCAGAACGAGCCUUCUUCGACCCCUCCCUCCUCCACCUCCUCUAUUUCCCUGACGAUCAGAAGUUUGCCAUCUACAUCCCUCUCUUCCUGCCCAUGUGUGUCCCCAUCCUGCUCUCACUGCUCAAGAUGGCCGCCGAGGCCCGCCAGAGGCGAAGGGAGAGACAGGACAAGAAGGAGUGAGAUGGAAGUUACUAAGAUGGAGAGAUCGACCGAUGAACGGGCACACGCACAGUUGGUUCACUGAUCAACAAAGUGUUUAAAGGAAACUGUCUGGACUCAGAAAUUAUGUUAAGACCAUUAGAAAUACAUGGGGCCGUAUUGAUCAAACUUCUCACAAUAGGAGUGUUUAUUUAGGAUCAGUUUUGCCUUUCAGAACACAAUGAAUAACAUUACAUGGACAGGGGGACCUGAUCCAAGAUCAACACUCCUCUGAUUAAAUAGACAGGGGGACCUGAUCCUAGAUCAACACUCUUCUGAUUAUAUGGACGGGGGGGGACCUGAUCCUAGAUCCCAAAAAAGUUAUUAACCGGUAAUCAAGAUUUGAAAAUAACGGUUUUGUUCCUGGAACACUAGAGAUCCCUUUCGUUCCCGGUUCUGAUUUCGUUCCUCGGAAAAUGUUUUUCAGUUAUGUUCCCUGAACCGGUUCCAACCUCUGACUGAGAUACUUGAUACAUAUGCGGCCCCUGAAAACCAGGCGUUUGCUGUAGUCUGAAACCACUGGUGGCAGGGGGUUGAUGCCAUCACCGUGGCGAUGUUGAAAUGGUUUUAGUUGUCUUUUAUUUGUCUGAUCUGGAAGCAACAGGUCUGUCUUUCACUGUAGCAACAAGGUUUAGAUGGUUUUAUUUAUGUUGGGAAUGAUGCUUUACUUACGCUCUGUCGAUUAUUGUACGAGACGGACUCGUACGAUCAACUGGGAAUUCAUUGAUUUGGGGAAGGACUUUGUCUAUCUGUUUGUUUGUUUUAUGCUUUGUACAUGUUUAUGACAAUAAAUAAAGAAUCUAAGGCCGGUC